AUGUUUACUUCCGGCUCGACAGGCCAACCGAAGGGCGUGGUGCAAACACAUAACGCUAUCUCUCGCAGUCUCAAACGCGUUUCCAGAGCCGUUGGGCUCGAUGAAAAGACGAGGUUUUUCCAAUUCGCAUCAUAUUCAUUCGACGCAAGUAUUUUCGAGGUGUUCGGCCCUUGGUCUGUUGGUGGAUGUCUCUGUGUCCCAAAGCCGGACGACAAAGUGGCAGAUAUAUCAUCCCUAAUGCGAGAUCUGCGGGUCAACAUUGCUACACUUACGCCAACAAUUGCCAACCUGUUAUCCCCGCAGGAUUUGCCGGACCUCAAAACUCUUUGUAUCGGAGGUGAAGCACCUUCGGAUACGCUGUGUCAUCGAUGGGCUUCGGAGUUGGAUCUAAAUGUUCUGUACGGUACGACAGAAACCGCCGUUUGGGACACUUUCGGGCGGAUCUCGGGUAAGGACCUUGUUGCUCAAUAUAUGGGCUUCCCGGUCCAGGAUCCCCUCUGGAUUGUUCAUCCGGAAAAUCACCGCCACCUCUCACUCCCCGGUAUUGCUGGAGAAAUAUGUGUUCAAGGGCCAAGUAUAGCAAAAGGCUACUUAGGGAUGCCAGAACUCACAGCUGAGAGGUUUAUCACGGGUCCUAUCUGGUUACUAGAUCAAACUCGAAAACGGAUAGAAAGAGACGACGUCAUAUACAAAUCUGGGGAUCUUGGCCGAUCACUAAAGGAUGGAUCUUUUGCACAUCUUGGGUGGAAGGAUCGUCAAGCCAGCGCCUGGAGUUAGCCGAAGUUGAGGCAGCCUUGAAGCGUUAUGUCCCUGACGAAUACAAAAUUGUUGCUGAUAUGGUGGAAUGGGGGUGCCAGGAACAGCUUUUUGCCUUCUUUGCAGCUGGGCAAUUCAGUGCAUCUGAGAUCAAGAUUUCUUCCUCCAAGGACGAAGAAAUCAAGGAGGCAGUGAAACACAUGGAGGAGCAUUACCCGAGAUAUAUGGUUCCUCGGAAUUUUCUUGCCAUAUCCCAUAUUCCCUUAACCCGCACUGGGAAAAUUGAUCGUAACCUGCUGGCUGGUCUCGCUGCGAAGAAGCUUGCUGAUAAGGAGCAAAAUGUGUCCACACCAACUCAUGGUCAAGAAGCCAGUGCGGAGAGCACGCAAAGUUUAAAGGAAGUGAACAAGAUUAUUCAGGACCAUUAUAAUGAUUCAAAUCAUUCAAAAGCACCACACUUGGCAGGGGAUUGCAACUUAUCUUCUUUGGCUAUUGAUUCAGUGGAUGCUGCAUCUAUAGCGAGCAAAUUGAACAAAGGCUUACAGCUUGACGUUUCAACCACGAGCUUGCUCAAAGAUGAUCUAAAGACUAGCGAUAUCCUGGAAGCAGGACGGAAAAUUCCCUCGACAGCAUGCCCAAAUUUUGAUAUUGAUCAAUUGAGCAGUGACCUUGAACUAUGGAAGUCCAGAAUUUGGACUGCCUGCAACCAAUCGGUGCUUCUUACAGGAGCCACAGGGUUUCUCGGGAACGAGCUGCUGCACCAGUUAUUACUCAAAGCAGCGAUUCAUAAAGUUUUUGCGUUAAUGCGUGGAAAAGACAUUCACGAUGCCAAACAACGUCUGAUAGGGAUAAGUAAGGAAGGAGGGUGGUGGGACGAUUCGUAUACAGAUCGGGUCGAGGUCUGGUUAGGCGAUCUGUCCCAGAGGCGACUUGGUCUCAGCUUUUGUAAUUGGCAAAAGGCUUUCAAAACAGGCCCUCACCUACGGGGCAUCGACAUAAUCAUCCAUAAUGGCGCUGUUGUUAACUGGGCUUCGGGGUUCUCCACCAUGGAGGACUCUAAUGUGGCCAGCACCUUUGAAAUAUUGAAAGGCUUGUCACUCUCUGGCGAUCCCCCAGCGCUAGUCUAUGUGUCUGGAGGUUAUAUGCCACCCGGAUCGGAGGACGAACAAGAAUUGCUGAAGAGAUUGAGCAAUAUGCCGGGCUACGACCAGACCAAAUUCGUAUGCGACCGUAUGAUUGAUUAUUUCAACCACAACAUCGUCCGGAAUAGUCGCUUUGUGUCAGCUAUACAGCCGGGUUUUAUAGCUGGCUCUACCAAAAAUGGGUUCUCACAAGUUGGAGACACAGUCUGGCGUCUCGUUAAAUCCUGUAUUCUGAUGGGCACUUAUAGUGUCUUAGAUGCAGAUAAUUGGAUCCCUAUAGCUGGCGUGGAUCAAGUUGCUGCUAUUACUUUACACGCUGGAUUUGAAGGUGUGGAGGGCGGGAGCAAUCAUUUGAACAUUUAUGGUGGCAUUGUGCUAAAAGACAUCUGGGAUUUUCUAGUUCAGAUGGAGUACAAUUUGGAGGCCAUUGACCAUGAGACAUCGUAUAACAAUCUGCUAGAAGAGAUGCAGAGGAAGGGUUCUGAACAUCCGAUGCAUCCCUUGAUGGAUUGGGUCCAACAAAAUAAGGGUAUCCUUGGCGAUCCUGCACCAGAUCAAAGCAUGUUUCACGAUACCUGUGUUAACUCGCAUGAGGCAGUCCACAAGAGUUUGAGCUAUUUACACGAGAUAGGAUACUUUGGUAGGUGA